AUGGUGGGCGAGUGGAAGCAGUGGGAUCCCAACAGCUCCCUGGUCCCCUUUUGGACUUCGGACGGCAUGGUUCUCUCGAGCAUCCGUAUCCCAACCCAUUCCGCUGGAAUCCUCGAAAUCACUCCUUCCCACAAGAACUCGACCAUGCAGCAAGUCUCCGGCCACAGAGAAAACUUUCCUCGAGUUACUGCUUCUUCACCUGGAGGUCACUCAAAGAAGAUGACUGCGGUGGUAGAUUGUGAUACCCGAGUCUCCACUGGCCUAAAUGCAGGUCACUCAGAUACAUCAUCUAACCCCUCAACCCCCUCACCAUCUCCAAAGCUCACCCAGAAACUUUCCACUGAUGAUAAGUCUAUUAAAUCGACUGUCAUGGCUGUUCCUGCCGAUGAUAGCAGCAAUUCCAAUGGCACGCCUACGAACUCUGUGCUCAAGGGUUCUAUCGACAACACAUUUGUGUACAACCCAAAGAAGCGUUCCUCCUCGAUCGAGGUUCAUUUGAGUGAGGCCAGUGACUCUCCAAUGACCUCUCCAUUUAUGCCUGUUGAGCAGGUUGGGCAAAAAGGAAAGUCCGUUACCUUGGGCCCUUGCCCUUGCGAACAGGAUGAUUGCACCAUGUUAAGCCCACGCAUCACCACGCGUGUCAUGGCUAUUGAAUCCAUUGGAAGAAAAAGAGUGCCCCUCGUGCCUCCCGGGUUCGGUGUUUGCCCCUGUGGAGAAGAAGACUGCAUGGCUUCAAGCUCAAAAAUGGCUACUCGUCCUACGCAUAAAACAGCAGACCUCGUACUCCCAAGUCCAAAGAAUGCACCGGACGAUCAGAAAGAUGAGAGACCAAGCCCUCUGGGCUGGUACAGAACCACCCUCCGAAACAACCCUGUUGACUGCGACUUCCUCAAGUUCUGUCGAGAUUUCCGAGCUGAACCAGAUAACGACCACGCCAAGGGAGGAUGGUCGAUUCAAGAGGGGUCUUUGGUCAUCGGCAUAAACCCCGCCUAUAUUGUGCCGGCUGAAGGUGUACAGCCAAAUGACCAACUUGAACUGAAAGAAGGCACCCUUUACAUGGUCCAACAGAUCUACGGUGAUAUGUGGGCGCUUUGUCUCGAGUUUUCCACUACCAAACCUCAUGGCGGUGGGAUUCCAGGAGCUCCAAACGAGGUCGUUGGACUUGGAUUCGUUCCGCUUUGCGCGGUCACACUUGCCGCGAACUAUGCUACUUUCCUUGAUCGGCGUCGAGAUUAUCGAAGGAAUCCCGACAAAGUGCUGCUCACUCCGUCAAAUAGGGCCCGUGUCAUACCACCAGUGCGAAUCCAAAGCUUUGCUGUGAGCCGAGAGAUGCAUUACCAGGUCACCAAAGGGCAGAACAAUUUUGUAUCUAAAGAAGCAUACAAGAUCUGUGAAAGGUUCCGGCCUAUUGGAGAAGAUGAUCCGGCAUACGAGCCCAAGGACCGAAUGAAGCGACUAAAGCUUCUACUAAAGAACCCAUGCCGAGCACUGAAAAAAUUGACUACCCCCAAACUGGAAGUCAAAGCUAGCUGGGUUGGCCCAGACUCAGUUCCUUCACAGCCGCACCCACGCAAAAAGCUUGUCAAGGGGGAACAUCGAUCACUUGAUAUUAUUGGGGGCGUGAAGCGGCUGUGCGGCAAGAUUCGUGGAACUUAA